AAACAGACGACACGAACAGCAUGUAAAAAAAUGAGUUGACAGGCAUCAGUGAACUGAUUGCCAGGGACAUAGUGCACAGUAGUUACUGACAAAAUGAAGUUGUCAGUGAUUGUCGGAGUUGGGGUAGCUGUGGGGGCAGUGUUGUUUCACUUCUCCCUGCUGAGACUGGCUGUUAUCACAGCACUCUACCUGACAGUAUGUGCCCUGGGUGUGUGGUGGGGGAUGUCAUGGACCUUGGUCAGGGGCAAGACUUACUGCCCACCUCCUGCCGUUAAAGAUGUAAGUGCGGUGAACAAGCUGCUCAAGAGUUUGAUGGAGUCCAAGGCCAAUGCCAUUCCUGACCAGAGGAAGGUUGUGAUUUCCAGAAGCAUGGACCUGGCUAUCCAGGAAGUCUUGGACCUGAUCCAAAGAGACUUUAUCCUCAGCUGGUAUUCAGAGCUCGGCAAGGAUGAAAAAAACUUCACUACUCUGAUACAGAAUGAAACAUGGUUGGUGAUAGAGGAAUUAAGUAAGCGUCUGUCCAACAUUGACUGGGUGAAGUUCAUCACUCAGUCUGUCGUCUCUACUCUGUACACUCACUUCAGAGAUAUCAGAUUUGCUGCCAGACGAACGAAAGAAGUAGAAAGUCAGCCCAAGUUCAUUCUCCAUCCCUGUAUGGAGAGUGAAGACAGCCAGACAGAGUUUGUGAGAAAGAUCUGUGAUGUUCUGUUGGUGAUUCUUCUGCCCACUCGCUACUCUACCCUACCUAGUGCCAGACAUCUUCUGCGUGAAAUCCUCACAUUGUCAGUGUUUCAGCCAACCAUAUCUUUGGUUUGUGACCCAGACUACAUAAACCAGAAGCUCUUGGAUUAUCUGGAAUACAGGGAGAAGUUAUCUGAGGACACACGAAAGACUUAUACCUAUGCUGCUACAUACGAGGACUUCAUGAAAAUGAUAGAGAAAUGUGAAGACAUAGAGCAUCUCAAGCAAAUCAGAUUUAACAUUAUCACAGAAAUCAUGCAAGCCACAACAAUCAGCAACCUGAAAAGAGCUAAAGGAAUAGAUACAGGUAAGGCUACCUCUCCGAAGGGUACAGCUAAAGGUGAUCUUCUAAAAGCCAGGAAUCUGAAGCGGUACAUCAAUCAGCUGACUGUGGCAAAGAGUCGCUGUGAGAAGCUGAUCCACUCUCUGGGGGGUCCAGAUUACAAGUACUACACAGAGAAUGCUGAUGUGGAGGGGGUCUUCCCUGGCCAGAAGGUCCAGUCUUUCUCAGUUAUAAUGGAGACACCAGCAGCCAGAGAGAGCUUUCUCAAGUACCUGAGGAAAGAUGACAGUGAACCACUUUUAAGAUUUUGGAUUGGAGUGGAGAACCUCAAGGCUGCAGAUAAGAAAACUCGCCACCAGCUUGCCAAUGAUCUUUACCAGAGGUUCAUAGCUGGUCCGACCAGCACUGUGAAGAAUGACAUCAAAGCUAACCUGAAGGCCAUGGAGGCUUUCCUGCUGGGCAAUGGGGGUCCUGAUGCGUUUUACCUGGCCCAAGCUCAGGUAUACCAUAUUCUUGAGGAGAAGUUUUACGCAUCAUUUAUUGUGAGUGACAUCUACCACCGUUACAUCUCCACUGUGGAGGAGGACACCUGGGAUUCUGACACCACCUCAAAUAAAGAUGAGCUGAGUGCUGACUUACACCAAGGAGAAGGAGAGCUGUCUGACGAUGCGACGGCCAUUGUCUCUCAGUCGUUCCAUGCCCAGCAGCUGUUAGAACAGCUCAGCGAGAAAAUCUCUAACAAGAUGCAUGCUCUCCAGGCCCUCAAGUCCUCACAGAAGGCCGAUGACAAGAUUUUGAAACUACGAGAAGACAUGGAAAGAGAGUUGGAGAACUUGAAGCUGGAGAGACGUCAGUUAGAGUUUCAUAUAGAGAGAACUGAUGUGUGGUGUGAGAACGUGGGACAGUGGAGGGCUACUAUACACACAGCAGAGAUUGUUCAGGAGGGUGAUAAGGUGAUCCCUUAUUUCACUCUCCUGGUACACUUGCCAGGAGACGCUGUACCACCAACACAGAACACACGACCUGCCAGUCAUGGAUGGGUAGUCUCCCAUAGCCUCAGCGACUUCCACAACUUACAUGUCAAACUCAUGCAGAUUGGCAGUUGGUUAAGGAAGCGAGAACUGCCCACUGUGAACUGGUUCAGGUCUGUGGACUCGGCUUUCCUGGAGAAAGCUAAGGCAGCAAUACAGGACUUCCUGGUGGCUGUACUGAAGGAUGACAGAAUGGUACAGAGUGAGGCAUUGUAUGCCUUCCUCACCCCUACCCCAGAGUACUUAAAACAAGCUCUACCUGAGAAAAAAAGCAAGUUCUUCCUGGCCAACCUCUUCAAAAGCACAUCUACGGCACGGGACACUGAAGGUGAUGGUUAUGGGGAUUUAAUGUUUGCUGGAGAUGACAGUUCAAAAGAAGACCGCUCCAAGGAUUCCAUAGCAGAACCAUUAUACGGGCUGAUCAGGGAGGUGUUUGAACUGAGCGGCAUGUUCAAGUGGCUGAGGAAAAGCUUCAUUGUCUUUGUGGAGGUAACAUUUGGACGAUCCAUUAACAGACAGCUAAGGGAGACUGUGGACUGGAUUCUGUCUGAGUCCAUGCUCAUCUAUUACAUGCGCUUGUUCCGGGAGUCUAUGUGGCCAGAGGGAGAGUUAGUGGGCCCCUUACCUGCCCGGACUGAUGAGGAGAAGCUACAGACACGCCUACAGUCCAAACAGAAACUACUCAACAGUAUUCCAGAUGCCGUGAAAAGUUUGGUAGGCGACACAAAUGCCAGACAAGGGACCAUCAAGAUGUUUGAAGUUUUACAGGACUCCAGGCUAAACAAGCAUCUAGUCUAUAUAUUACUGCAGCAGUUCUUGGAGGAGCUGUGUCCGGAGUUGACUCAAAACCAAGGGGAGACAACUCAGCAGGCAGACAGUGUAGCUGCCUCAUGACUGUAAUAGAUCGCUGGUAGAUAUUAAGUACUCUAGGGCAGAGCGUAUGGAUAUGGGUACAUUACAGUAUGUCAUUCCAAUGAAUGCUUAUUAUCAUUCAGAAAGUGUGUAUAUUUUACACACAUUUGUGAGGACAUGAUCAAGAUAAAAUGUGGAAAUUCUUAAUUUUUUUUUUUGCUGUGAUUUAUAUCACUUGCUGAGUUAGCAUACAAUCAUUAACUUGAUUUACCUGUUUGAAAUUUACAUUGAUGAUAUUCCAGGAUAUUUAUUUUCCUUCACUUGUACUGUAGAAUAGUCUAAAUUUGACAGCGCUGUCUUGUAAAUAAUAAUAAUGAAGAAGAAAACAAGAUGGAUCCCAUUAUCUCAUCAAAUACAUUUACCAUGAAAAACAAUGUCUGCAGUAGUGCAAUUGAUACCAUUUAUUUCAUUGGUCAGGCAUUGUUGGACUUGCAUAUUUAUAAUAUUUGUCAAGAAACUUUCAUUGAUUAUAAAUGUGAAUAGCAUGCUUUCAAGUUCAUAGUUUGAACAUCAGCCUAGUCAAUCAAGUAAUGAGAUUUGUGAAAGAUGCUUGUGUGUUUAUGGUCACAUUUCCAGUAUGUGUAUUGCGUUUUUAGAGAAUUAAUUAUAUCUAUAUUUGGUCAUUCAUACAGUAUUUCAGGGUAUCACAUCAGAUAUAUCUAAGCAAUGGCUUACUGCACUAUUUACAUGCGCUCAAGAAAUCCAGUCAUUUAUGUACACGCAUUAAUUUGAAGUAAUUUAGAUCAAGCUUAUAAUUAGUUUAUUAUCUAUUGCAUAUCUUAGCACAGUAUGGCUGAUAUACUGCCAGUGUGGCACUAAACCCUACCAGUCAUUCAUUCCACUGCAUAUCGUCAGAGCAAGGUGGGUUUCAUCAGUGGGUACAAAUGAAUUUUCUUCUAAAGAAUGCAAUCAAAUUUUUAAGGCAUAUACAGUAGGUUCAGUGCUGAACAGUGUCCCAGUACUUAAUAGUGUCCCAAUACUUAAUAGUGCAUGCAUGUGUACAUUAUCAACCAGGCCACAUAUUCUCUGUAGCAUGCCGUCAGCUCACUAGCAGCACACUUGUAGCAGGAUUAUGACGUGGCCACAUCUUCUCUUUAGCAUGCCGUCAGCUCACCAGUAGCACACUUGUAGUAGGAUUACAACAUGGUAGCAUGUCAUCAGCUCACCAGUAGCAGGAUUACAACAUGGCCACAGGUUCUCUGUAGCGUGCCGUCAGCUCACCAAUUAGCACGAUUGUAGCAGGAUUACGGCAUGGCCACAGGUUCUCUGUAGCGUGCUGUCAGCUCACCGGUAGCACACUUGUUGCAGGAUUACAACAUGGCCACAGGUUCUCUGUAGCAUGCCGUCAGCUCACCAAUUAGCACACUUGUAGCAGGAUUACGACAUGGCCACAGGUUCUCUGUAGCAUGCUGUCAGCUCACCAGCAGCACACUUGUAGUGGGAUUACGACAUAACCACAGGUUCUCCGUAGCAUGCCAUGAGCUCACCACUAGUACACUUGUAGCAGGAUUACAUGGCAACAGGUUCUGCGUAAGCUCACCACUAGCACACUUAUAGCAGGAUUAUGAUAUGGCCACAGGUUUUCUGUAGCUUGCCAUAAGCUCACCAUUAGCACAAUUGUAGCAAGAUUAAGUUUGUUUACCAUUUCUCAGCUGAGAAUUUGGAGUCACCAUGAAAAUGGUGGAUAACAAAGUAAAACAUUUCCAUUGUUCAAGAUUCUUUCCACUGUAAGGCUAGUGGCUAGCUGCUGGUUUGCUUUGGGGGAAUCUUCUAGUCUGGCUUGUACCAUUUAUCAUUUGUGUAUUCAUUUCUGAUCUCAAUUUUUCAAUUUAUGCACUAUAUAUAU